AUGGUUCGACACAAGAAAGAUAACUUCUCUUCUCGAGGCAAGAAGUAUAGCAAUCCUCCACGAACUCGAGGCCCUCGCAAUAACUCCGACGAUGAAUCACAACCCCGCUCUUCUCGCCCUCCAUUCAAAGCCGCAUGUUGGGAUCUUGGUCACUGCGAUCCAAAACGAUGUUCCGGAAAGAAACUCAUGAAGCUUAAUCUUAUGCGAGAAUUACAUGUUGGUCAGAAACAUCAAGGUGUUAUUAUAUCUCCAAAUGCGAAAGCUACAAUAUCCCCGGCAGAUCGUGAAAUUAUGCAACAGUACGGUGCGGCAGUUGUGGAAUGUUCAUGGGCUCGUACAGCAGAAGUUCCUUGGGCUAAGAUAGGUGGAAAAUGUGAGAGACUAUUGCCAUAUCUCGUCGCCGCAAACUCGGUCAAUUAUGGUAAACCUUGGAGGCUAAAUUGUGUAGAGGCUUUGGGAGCUGCGUUUUACAUAUGUGGAUUCGAGGAUUGGGCAGAACAAAUAUUAGAACCAUUCAACUACGGCAGAUCAUUCCUGGAUAUUAAUUCGAGUUUAUUAAAGCGUUAUGCAGCAUGCAAAGACGAAGCAGAGAUCAAGAAGGCUCAGGAAGUUUGGAUGGAGAAAUUAGAGAGAGAAUAUAAAGAGAGUAGAGAGGGUGGAGCUGAUGGUGAAGAUGAUAUUUGGAAAAGUGGAAACACGAAUCAUAGAUUACCUGAAAGUUCGGAGGAUGAGGAUGACGAUGAAGAUGAUGAAGAUGAAGAGGGAAAAGACAGUGACGACGAAGUGGAUGGAAUUUAUCUCGGUAAAGAACAACCAAAAAAGAAACCCAUACCUGAAGAUGAUGAGGAGAAGGAGGAGGAUGAAGACAAGGAUCCUUUUGCCAUCUCAGAUGAUGAGGAUGAUGAAGAGGAAAUGGCAGAACUCAGACGAAGGGUCCUAGCCUCCAAACCAUUUGCCAAUCCACAAAAUUCCAGUCAAAAGGUCGCACCAGAAAAGAUUUCAAGACCAGUACCAUUGAAAGAAGAUUCUGAAGUUGAAGCGGAUUCGGAUAAUGGAGAAGAUGAUGAAUUUGACAACAUCAUUGAUGCUACUCCUGUCACCGAUAGGACAGGUAUAUUAGCAAAAGAGAAAGCCAAGACCGUAUCUCCAACCAUUGCCAGUGCUACAUUUUCAAGGAUGGUCGUUGGGGCACCAAAGAAGUGGUAA